AUGGUGUUGGGUCACGGUAUCAUAGAUACCGUAUUAGACAACACACGAAGGGAGCCUGAGCAACUUGAGAACAACAAAACACGUUUGUUCGGCAGCAAUGAGCUAUGGAUAGAUGAAAUGUCCGAGAAUAUUCCGUCUACACCGAAAAAGAGCUCUGCAGAUAGCUUCUGGCAAGUUCCUUCGAACCCAGUGACUCCUAGAACGCCUGGACAUCGUGUUUUACGACAAGCGGGACCCAAUACCAAGGAGCGCUCUGCUAAACGGCGGCGGGGCCGCUUGGAAAUUCAGCAACAUUUUCUUGGAGAAGUUGAUGAAAAUUUGGCUUCUGACGCUCUUUUGGACACGCCUCGAUUCCAGUCGCGUGUUCCUCCCUCACCUUCUUUUAACGUGUCGUCUCCAUCAAAGGGGCGGCUUCUAGAUCAUAGAGAGAUUGAAGAUACUGAUGGAAAUGCCUUUGAACUGACUUCUUCUCCAUCGGCGAAUCGAAUAUCUUUAGCUUCAUUUCAACCAAGCUCGUCCAUUUCAGAAGGAGAAGUUGAUGAAAGCCAAAAAUUACAGGGUUUAGAGGCAUUGGAGGAAGAAGAAAAUGAAAAAGAUUCUUCUCCUCUGAACGAGGAUAUUGGCCAUGGCCCCGGUUUCGAUGAAUAUUUUGACAAGUUUUCCCAGAGGAAAACGUCCAGCAAUACUUUAUCGCAGCUUCCUCUUGUAGACAACCAGCUAUAUCUGGAUACCAUCCAGAAAACAGUCCUAGAAAACGACCGUUUCACUCAAACUCUCGUUCACUUUCAAUCUCGGAACUUUCAACAGUGGUUUUGUGAGGCUGUAUUUGGAUACAAUUUGCUAUUUUAUGGCUUUGGAUCAAAAGAGCACUUUCUUUCUACAUUUGUUGAACAAAAAUUUCACGGGUUUCCAGUCUUUGUUGUCAAGGGUUAUUUUCCACAUUUGCAAUUGAAAUCAGUGUUGACUGCAUUUCUCGAGUUUUUAGAAGUUGUUCCCUCUAGUGCCUCUGUCCCCGAUAUGUUGCAACAGGCCCUCUCUGUAUUAGAAUCCGGCGAAAGAGCAUUUGAUAAAGCUGUAAUCUUAGUCCACAACAUUGACGGAGAGGAUUUAGUAGAUGAACGAUUCCAAUCAGCUUUGGCAAACAUUGCAGCUUCUCCCAAUGUUUAUUUUUUCGCCUCUGUCGAUCAUGUUAACUUUCCUUUACUAUGGGAUUCUUCUCUUGAAUCGUUAUUCAACUUUGUUAUGCACGAUGCUACCACGUUUGCCCGUUACUAUAAUGAGACUACAUACGAAAACUCUCUUGGCAUUGGACGCGCCAAUGUUUCCAAUAAAGAAAAGGCUAUUAAGCAUGUUUUAUAUUCUUUACCUGCCAACUCUAGAGAAAUCUUUAAGCUUUUGCUUAUCCAUCAGCUUGAACGCCUUGCUGAUUUUGCAGAUUCUACUAGUAUACGACCUAGCGAGCGAAUCGGAAUCGAGUAUAAGGCGUUUUAUCAAAAGUGCAGCUCCGAGUUUUUGUGUAGUAAUGAGCUUAAUUUUCGUUCUCAACUCACAGAGUUCUUUGAUCACCAUAUUAUUGAAAUGAAACGAGACUCCACAAAUAUGGAGAUAAUAUGGAUCCCUCACCCGGCAGAUUUAUUAGAGAAUUUAUUACAGGACAUGAUGGAAGAUAUUUGA